CAAUUGAAUUAAUUUUAAUGAAGAACAAAACCUCUGUCAACUACUUUGUUCUCUUGGGGAUUUCCAAUAAUCCAUACGCCCAGGUUUUCCUCUUCCUGGUCUUCUUAGUUAUCUACCUGCAAACCCUACUAGGGAAUGUGAUGAUCAUGCUGGCAAUAAGGAAUGAGCCUCAUCUUCAAACCCCCAUGUACUUUUUCCUGUUCCACUUGUCCUUCCUGGACCUCUGCUAUUCCUCAGUCACCGUACCAAACAUGCUGCAAAACAUCCUAACAGGAAAGAAAACGAUUUCCCUCCCUGGCUGCAUUACACAGAUGAGCUUCAUUCUUCUGAUGGGCUGCACAGAAGCUUUCAUGCUCUCAGCAAUGGCUUAUGACCGAUACGUUGCCGUAUGUACCCCGCUGCAUUAUGUGAGGAUCAUGGAAAAGCGAUUGUGUGGACAAUUGGUGGGUGGCACAUGGUUAAUUAGUGCAUUAUUUUCCUUUGUAAACACUGUUCCUGUGUUAUUUCUACACUUUUGUGGGACCAACAAAAUCAAUGGUUUAAGCUGUGAGCUCCCAUCCCUUUUAGCACUGUCCUGCAUGGAGACCAUGGUCAGCCAAAUGGUGUUUCUCAUAUCAUUUCUACUUCUAGCUUUUCUCUCAUUCUCCAUCACCUUGGUCUCGUAUAUCUACAUUAUCUGCACUAUCUUGAAGAUACAAUCCACAGCUGGUAGACUUAAAGCUUUCUCCACCUGCAGCUCCCACAUAACCGUGGUGGUUUUGUAUUAUGUAACUGGGUUGUUCCGUUAUUUUAGACCCGGCUCAGUUUCUUUGGUGGCUCUAGACAGACUGUUCUCCAUCCAGUAUAGUGUCUUAACCCCCAUGUUAAAUCCCAUCAUCUACAGCCUGAAAAACAGAGAAGUGAAAAGAGCUCUGAGGAAAAUACUGGGGAAAAUGAAAGGCAAACACGUGCCGUAAGAUUGACUUGUCAAGACAAGGUUUUAGAUUAACCAGGCAUAGACAUUUAAGAGUGGCAUCUUGAUUUCAGUUAAUAAAUGGUCAGGUACUUUAACUCUAAUACAUUAUGGGGGCUGUGGCUCCCAAUGCAACCUUUUUAGAGGGAAUAGAUGCAAAGAGAUGCGUGGGCAGACAGUAAAUGAACUCCAAGUAUCACUCAAUUCAUCUGUCAACAGCAGUUGUAUCAAAUAGUUACCAGUCAAAUUGGAAAAAGCAUUAUAGCACUAUACAGGUUCAACAGAAGAGAGGGAGAGCAUGCCUACUGUUUCUUCAGGGCUUCCCAGGGUGCAGCUCUUGAGCACUGCCUGAAAACCUACCCCUGCCCUGCACGCACCAGUUCUGGAGAUGGGAUGUGGAACCUUUCCAGGGCUAUUCCUACAACUCUCAGAGAGGGUUCAUUGUCUUUUUCAGGUUUGACGUAUCUAGACUGGAAGAAGGUAGGAAGGCAUGCUUGAUUGCAGCUAUCCCUGUCAUGAAGGGUGCAAAACAAACAUCCUUUUUGUGCCACCAUAAAAUGCCUAUGCCAGCACAAGCUGCAAAUGAACAGAUGUCCUUGCCCCUUGCUCUGCUUUCAAAAAUUUGUUUGUGUAACCAAACUAGUCACAAUUUGCAAUACCUUAUGAUGAGGAAGAGUGUCUGAUUGCUUAUUGUGUGCUGUAGGAAUCCCCCUGCAGAAGGUUCAUGGGGUGCACAUUUCACUUUGCUGUACCCUGACCUAGGACACAUGUCUGCAAGUCAGGGAACCAACAUGGGCAUUGCCUCACAGCUGAUGCAGUACACAUCUAUGUGUUGCCCUAUGGGGUCAGGCCAACUCUCAGGAUCUCAAUAUUGCACUGUUAGACAGGAAGGUGUGACACAAUUGCACAUAUACAGACACACAAAUCAAUUAGGUGCAUACACACACAUGCUACCAGAUCAGGCACAUACAUACCUAUCACCAAUUCAAGCACAUACACUAUACACCCCAAAAGUUAGACCCAGAUCACUAAUUUGUAUAUCAUGCACACAAUGACACACACACACACACACACACACUGGAGCAACACUGCUGUAUGAUGACGUGUGGACGCACCCUAAGGGAACAGAGCACUGAAGACCUCAUUCCUCAAUCUCUUCUACUGCUUUGCCAAUCCCAGGAUUUAUUGUUCUGCAAUUAAAGAGAAUGAAAGCAACAGAAAAAUAACAAGAUGGAAAUAGUGACACAUAUACCUAAGCAUGGAGAAUUACAGGGCAUAAAAUUUAAGCGCAAAGAACCUGGGUCACCUAUAUAAGAGGCACUGUUAUGUGUAAAAUGCAGGUAGAUCUUAAAGGUACUCACAACACCACCUAAGCUACAAAACUGAGCCAGCACACCUGUGUAACUCAUUUCCUAAAUGUGACUACAGAUCUCACUGAUUUUUUAGAUGCCUGAAUAUUUUAACUUGGCUCCCAGAUGGUACGUAUCCUGGCCCAGAAGCAGGAUACAAUAAAUAAAAGGCGAUGAAACUAAACAAU